AUGAGUGCUAUAAUGCGCGAGAGCCUCCGCCGCUUGGCCGGCUCCGCCUCCGAAGACGGCAUGGAGUCGAGACGUGGUAACACCAGGAGGGUGCGAGUCGAGCUGCUAGACGGAGAUUAUAUCAGCGUGGAUGUAGACCGUAAGGCGCGUGGCGGCGACCUUCUGGACAAGGUGUGCAUAGACCUGGAAAUAACCGAAGUCGACUACUUCGGUCUGCUGUAUACUUGCCGCGGUGACACCCGCUCCUGGAUGAACCUGGAGAGGCGACUAUCGAAGACAUUCAGAAACGAUCCGUGGGAGGUGCGUUUCGCGGUGAAGUUCUACCCGCCAGAGCCAUCGGGGCUGCGCGAUGAUAACACCCGAUACCAACUGGCGCUCGCGGUGCGCAGGGAUCUGCUAGAAGGCCGAUUGGCAUGCUCGCAAAUCACGCACGCCCUGCUGGCGUCGUACAUACUCCAGGCGGAGUUGGGAGAUCGCGAAACGCGAGUGGACGGGGCGAGACUGGCCCUCCUGACGGUUCUGCCCCAGACCCUGGCCUUGGACCUGGAGGACCAGGUCGACGAGCUGUACGGGAAGCACAGGGGCCAAACGCCAGCCGAAGCGGAGCUGAGCUACCUGGAGAACGCCAAGAAGCUGUUGCUGUACGGCGCCGAACUCCAUUCGGCCAAGGACUCUGAUGAUGUGGACAUCGCGCUGGCGGUCUCCUCCCGAGGGGUCACCAUCCUCAGGGACGGGGUGCCGAUGAACCGCUUCCCGUGGACGAUGAUCACGAAGAUCAGCUACAAGAAGCGCUCCUUCUCGCUGCGGCUGCGGCCGGCCGAGUGCGAGGAGCACGAGACUAGCCUCGGCUUCCGGCUCUGCUCGUCGCGCGGCUGCAAGAAGCUGUGGCGGUGCUGCGUCGAGUUCCACAUAUUCUUUAGGCGGGCGGCGCCGGUGCGCGUGGAGCGGGUGCCGGGCUGGCCGCGUCUGGGGCGGCGCCACCUCUCGUGCCGCCGCACGCUGCGCCAGCUCGCCCCCACCGCACCACCGCACCCACCACCACCACCGCCGCCGAUGGCCUGCGCCUCC